CACAGCAUAGAAACUGGCUCGCACAACACGCGUUCCACCUGUUGUAGCUGGAGCUGCCACCAAGACCGAGAGUCCCGAGUUCUUGUGACACCUCUCCUCGACAUCACCAGCCAGAACUAGAAGUGGACAUGGCAUUCACCGGAGACGCCGAUGGUUUCGCCCUCGACUUCAUCCGUGAGCACCUCCUCGGCGCUGGUUGCGGCGGCGACCCCGACCCCGUGCAUUGCACUGUAGAUCUCGACGGCGACGACAUCACCUUCCCCGUUCUGCCUCCACCUCAACCAGAAUUCGAGCCCAUGCCGUUCUUGCCGCCGCCGCCGCCGCCGCCGCAGCACCAGCAUCAAGGGUACAUCGGCGUCGACCCGACCAACGAGUACAUGGGCGAGCCAGCGGCGGUGUUCCCGGAGCAGGAGCCAGCGCCACCGGUGAUAAUAACGUUCGGAAGCGAGCCCUCGUCCCCCGUCAAGCAGCCUCUGACCAUCGCCGUGCCCCCGAGGCCGUACUACGCUUCGGCGGCAGCAGCAACGGCGCCCACCGCCGCACAGCUGGUAGCAGCGGCGGCCGAGGCCGUGGAGGACUUCCGCAAGUACCGCGGCGUCCGGCAGCGCCCCUGGGGCAAGUACGCGGCGGAGAUCCGCGACCCGAAGCGGCGGGGCUCGCGCGUGUGGCUCGGCACGUACGACACGCCCGUCGAGGCCGCGCGCGCCUACGACCGUGCCGCCUUCCGCAUGCGCGGCGCCAAGGCCAUCCUCAACUUCCCCAACGAGGUCGGCACCCGCGGCGCCGACUUCUGGGCCCCGCCCGCUCCGGCGAAGAAGGCGGACACGGCCGCCGCGAACAAGAGGAAGCGGCAGCAGCUGGUGGAGGACGCCGACGGCGACGACGUCGAGGUGGUCGCGGUCGUGGUGAGCAAGGCAGCGAAGGUUGUUGAUGAGAUCCCUGCUUCGUCGCCGUCCCAGGACCAGACAUCGUGCACCUCUCGGUCGUCGUCCGUGUCGACGCGCGAGACCACAGCGACAGCCUCGUCGACGGUGACGUCCGCUGCGGAGGAGACGGGAUCAGGGGCUGUGGGGCUCCCGAUGACGCCCUCGAGCGGGAACUGGGAGCAAUACUGGGAGGCAUUGCUCGGCAGCCUGCCGCUGCUCUCGCCGCAGUCGCCCCUCCCGGCGUUGGGCUUUCCCCAGCUCACCGUCACUUGAUGAUUAUAACCCGUGUUUGGAUAGGCAAGGAUCUCGCCUAAUCCUUUUGGAUCGCCAAGGAAAGUCGGUUCAUUUCCGUUCCAAUCCAAGGGGAUCGGGCCUACCAUCAUCAUUCUCCUAAACAAGUCAAAAGGCGAACGAUCGAACAGUGUUACUGGUGUACGGCACGAACGAAGAAACAAUCUGAAGCAGCAGUACUAGUUCUUUGUUUUUUUAUAUUCACUCUUCUAAACUUUAAGUUUCAAAAAUAUUUCAGCUCAAAAUAAGGUAGACUAAAGUUUGAAGCUAAUGUUAUACCAGUUAUUUAUAAUUUUUCUUCUAAAAUUUAGAGAUUCAAAGUUUAAACUAAGGAAUCCAAAUAAUUAAACCCUAUAUGCAGUGACUGUGACAUACGGAUAGGUGCAUAGGUGCAGAUCCUUCGAUGCUUGUUAAGAAUAUAAUCAAAGGAUUUGGAAUUUCAAUAUAUAUGAUCCACAUUGUAACUUAA